CCCAUUGCGCCCUUGUCGUAGGCAGCGACUUCCAGCAUCUUUUCCCAGACGGUUAGAGCCGAAGACACACUUCGUCGCCCAGUUAAAUGGAGAAGACACUUCGUCAUACGAUUAAAAACCGUAUGAUUCACAGGGAAAAAGCCGUCACGGUGCAUCCCCGCGUGUCAGAGAGCGACGAGCGAAAUCCAGUGAGAGGGCGGGUGAGCGAUCGUCUGAGGGAAGCGGCGCGGCUGGCAGAGUUUUCGUCAGAGUGUGUUGGUCAGUGACGCGGGUCGGAGGGCGGUGCUACGCUGCCGCACGGAGUGUUACUUGCUCGACCUCGUCCUCCACCACGCCGAAGGACGUCUCGCCGGAGUGAAGUACACGUGAAGAUGGAGGUUCAGCAGGUACCUCGGCUGCUACCGCUGCCACUCCCGCUGCUGCUUAUCCUGUUCAUUCCACAAUACUCAUGCUUUAAUCUCGAGGUCUCAAAAGCCCAGGUGUACACAGACCCGACCCUCGACUACAGCAGCUGGGGGAGGGAGUCUUACUUCGGUUUCGCCGUCGCCCUUCAACUCCGGACGUCUGACGACACUGCCUGGUUAGUCGUGGGUGCUCCACGUGCCAAUUCAAGCCACUACAAACCCAGAGCUAUAACGGAGCCUGGAGUGGUGUUCAAAUGCAGCCUUGAGGGAGACACCUGCCAGGAACUGUACAUCGACCAAACGGGGAACACCGUGAUACACAAUUCCAACAGUGAGUUCAGUUACCACGACCUUAAGAACGGCGGCUGGCUAGGAGGGUCUCUCGAUUCCCAGCCGACCUAUGAUGCAGACCGGCAAGUCACUGCGGUGUGCGCACCGAGGUGGAUCAACCAGAAACUACUUGGCAAUUACCUUAUGAACGGAGCGUGUUACUGGCUUAACGAGUCCCUCCCCAACGCUCCAGCCCACAAGAAGCUGCCUUUGGUUCAAGAGUCCCUUCAGACUCAUGGCGAUGCAGUGUUCUACUACGCCCACGGAGAAGCGGGUAUGUCUCUUCAUCUCCCGGACGACCCAACCGAGAUGAUUGUGGGCGCCCCGGGUGUGUACAAGUGGCGAGGAACCAUCAUCCGCUUCAAGGACACGUACAUCCAACACGUAGGAGGCAUAGCAAGACGCAGACGACAGACCAGAAGGAAAAUACCAGAAUACCAGAUGUUCUCGAGGGAAUUCGUACCCAACCCGUACUACACCUCUGCCAUGGAGGACUUCGAUCUCAUGGGGUAUUCUGUGACUUCGGGGCGGUUCAGGUCAAAGGACGAGCUUCUGUAUGUGGGCGGUGCUCCUCGAGGGGCGGGGUCGCAUGGGAAGGUGAUCGUCUUCUCGUUCCCCGACUGGCAGUCUCAGCCCCUCACCGUCCUGGCCGAGUGGAAAGGAAAACAACUUGGGGAAAACUUUGGUGCUUCCCUUGUCGCUGCUGACGUUAACGGAGACGGCCUCAGCGACCUGAUUGUCGGGGCGCCCAUGCACUCCCUGAAGGACAAGCCGGAUGCAGGAAGAGUACAAGUGUUCCUCUCUUCGCAGGACCAGCAGUUGGUAAGUUCCGACUACCGAUACCACGGGUCCACCACGAGCUACGCCAGGUUCGGCACGAGUUUGGCGCGAAUCGGGGACCUCAACGCGGACGGGUAUGAAGACGUGGCGAUAGGUGCUCCUUGGGAAGGCGAUGGCGCUGUGUACAUUUAUCUCGGGUCUGCUUCUGGCUUGAGACAAGCAUACUCCCAGAAGCUUCAGCCUCAGAACUUCCCCCAGAAUAUGAAGGGUUUUGGAAUGGGUCUCUCCAGAGGCAUCGACUUCGACAAGAAUGGGUAUCCAG